ACUGAAAGCAGUCAGGAUGGCGUGCAAGCCCAAGUAAUGGGCCUGUGAUGCUAGUUCUCGUUUGAUGGAUAGAUUGGAAAAGUAAGAUGCAGAUUUAAAUGUUUCAAAUAUUUUUGGCAGCAUCUCUCACAAUCUGCAGUCCCAAUUUUAUUAUUUUAAUUAAAAAAAAAAAAAAAAACAUAAUUAUGAUUAAUAAUGAAAUAUAAAAAAAGUAUUCUAUAAAUGCAUGAAUAAUAAAAAGUUAAUAACAAUGAUCUAAUAAAUAAUUUUUAAAAAUAAACAAAUGGGAGAUUCGAACAUAUACAGUCAAUAAAAUUUACAGAUAAUACAUGAGCCUUUACCGCUCAGCCACACUUCACCUCAUAAGUAUGUAUAGUUAGUAAUAUUACCUACACCCCUAUAAUAUUGUACAACAACCAUUGGAUCGAACGAAUCGACAAUAAUGACGUGAAAGUCGAGGUAUGCACUUUCAGAGUGCCCUCUAGUUGAAAGCUGAUUUUGUUAGUAUACUCUUAGUUACUAAAAGGUGAUGUUUUUAUUUUGAUUCUUUAUAAUUUGGAGUUUUUUUCUGAUUUGUUUUAGUUGCAAUAUACAAUUUUACUACUGUACAUCCAGGUUUUCAUUUUACAAGCUCAUUUGAGUUUCAUGAAUGUAAUUUUCCUAUUUUAUCCUAUUUUUAACAUUUAAAAAAAUGUUAUUUGUACAUUGACUUUGAUUUGAUGACAAAACAAAAAUAAUGGAAUUGAAUUGAAAAUAUCUUACACAUUUCUUCAUCCUUAGGUACAAGAAAAAGUUAAUCCCAAAUUUGAAAAUAUACAAUGUGGUGUGUAUGUUAGAACCCAAAGCUACAAUUUACCAUAAGAAAAAUAUGGCAUUGUAUGUUCGUGCCAAGCUGGUCAUCAAGACCAUUAAAAACUUCAUGGCUUCAGAUGAUGAUUACAUGAACUUAAUUCAUGUACCAGAAGAAGAAAAAGAAGAAGGCAUCGAAGGUCGAUCAAGAAGACAGAUAAACCCGGAAAGGAGAAAGGGCUUAUUGGUGGAUGCAAAAAAGCUUUGGGAGAGAAUGCGAAAUCCAUCUGACCGUGAGGCCUCCGUGACACAUGAUGCGUACUUGAAGUUGUUUCAACUAACAGAGGCUAGCUUACCGUCUGUUGACUGUAUCCUAAUUGAUGAGGCUCAGGAUCUUACACCAGCUCAACAAGAUAUCUUAAUGCGUCAAAAUUGUGCCAAGAUCGUGGUUGGCGAUCCCCAUCAACAAAUAUACAGUUUCCGAGGAGCAACAAAUGCGUUACAGAACAUACCUGCAACGAAAAUAUUUCACCUUACACAGUCAUUUAGAUUUGGGCCUGAGAUUGCAUAUGUGGCUAACUGUGUUCUGCAUGCCUUAAAAAAUGUCAAGAAGUAUGUUAUCGGAGUUGAGGCUCUUGGAUCUGUGCUUGGAGAAGAAGUUGGACAAAUUGCUGUUAUCUGUCGAACCAAUUUAUCAUUAUUUAAUGAAGUUGCAAAAUUCUGCGAACAGAAUAAGACGGUGAUGAUUGGAUUAGUUGGGGGUGUUCGCAGCUAUCGGUUUGAUCAAAUCUUGGAUAUCUACAGACUUUUCUCUCUCUCACCUUCUGACAGAAGAAAACCUGAGAAUGAAAUUAAGGAUAAGUUUAUCCAACGCUAUUCAAGUCUUUCGCAACUGAAAAGCUAUGCUGAUGACGUUGAAGAUAUAGACCUGCUUGGAAGAAUAGAUAUUGUGAAAACUCAUCACAUUAAAAUACCUGAACAUAUCGAAAGAAUAAAAUCAAGAGCUGUCGAUGACAUCACACAAGCUGAGGUGGUAUUUUCAACCGCGCAUAAGGCGAAGGGAUUGGAAUUUGAUACUGUUAAAGUGACGUGUGACUUUUUGACCGAAACCAAUGAUGGCAAUCUACCAGGUUUUGGCGGCAUUCCAGCCCACUUGCAGAUGAAUGCGAAUCAACCAAUGGAUGAGUUCAAUCUUCUUUAUGUUGCUUUGACAAGAGCAAAGAAGCGACUGAAGCUAACUAGCCCUAUUCUCAAGAUGCUUGCCAGAUUAAAUGAGACCUUUUCCUAUCCAGUGUCUACAAAAGCUAUAACCAGAAAUGAGGAGGGUGUACUUGUGAAAUGUUUUCAGUGUUCUGCGGAGAUUAAUUCAAAUACCGUGUUAGCUUUUGAACGGUUGAAAAUUGAUCUGGGAUAUUCCACACAGGCUAAUCGACCUGCUGGAUUUUUGUGUUCUGGGUGUGCUGGUGCCGAAAAUGUUGGAUUCUCUUCGUUGGUUUCGCAUUGAUAACCUGUACCAGAAGAGCCACAACAGAAGCCCAGGAGAAACCCUAAAGAAAUGUUUUAUAGAGUUUAAUAUUUGAAGAAAGAGUCAUCAAUUUAGAAUUUAUAUUUUACAUGCAUAUCUUCUGAGGACAUGAGACCUCUCAUUUUUACAGUAUUUUUAGAUUAUGAUACCAAAAUGGUGUGCUUAGUUGACAGAAGUACAGUAAAAUGUUUUGGGACCAAAUGCAACAGAAGGCUUGCAAUAUCUAAAAUGAAGUGUUGGCAAAAGCAUGCUUCAAAAUAUACCACUAAUUAUAUGAACACACAUCAAAUAAUAUUCAUAAUACAAAACAAUUUUAUCAUAUUAAAUUGAAAUACAUUUUCAAUUUGCUGUAUCCAAAAAUUGGAACUUUAAAAAACUUUUAUUUCAUCUAUUUAUAGAUUACCUUUUUAAAAACUUUUUCUAUAUUUUCCUUGCAGUUGGUUUUGAUAUCUAUAUUUUACAUGAUAAAUAAACAUACAUAUUAAGCAA